AUGGGAACGAAGAAGCAGCGCGGCUACCCAAUUAAAGGGAAGCUGGCGGCACUGGGCCACCCGCACGGCACGGUGCCUGGGUGGUGGGUCGGUAGGGCCAAGCUGCGCAUCUACGAGGGGAACAAGUUGGACAAGACGACCAAAGGGCAGGGACGAAUGAUUGCGUUUAUUCAAGAGAACUACCCCGACUGGAUAGAGGCCUACGCGGAGAACAAGAAGUCUGACCGCUUAAAAACGGAUUUUGCAAUUGAAUUUUGGAGUAAGUACGGCUCAUACUCUCUACCGGAAAUCUACAACAUGGAUGAAACGGCCAUCCAGUUCGACAUGCCGCCAGCAAGAACCUGGGCAACUAAAGGGCGAAAAGGAUCAGCUAAAAUCCAAAAUCUGACAAAACACUGCGGACGCAUGACGGCUGUCUUGACAGUUCGCGCUGAUGGAAAAAACUUCCGAUUCUCUUCAUACUGCGCGGCAAACGUGGCGGACUUAUUGAUUCCAACGAGUUAA